AUGGUGGGUUAUAAUUCACGAAAUCUCGAUGGUAUUCAACCUUCGUAUAUCUGUAAUUCUUGUUUGUUAAUAUUUCGAGAUCCUGUACAAUUAAUAGAUUGUGGUCAUCGAAUGUGUCAAUCAUGUGCAAAUGAACAAUCAGGAAACCUAAUAACAUGCGCGGAAUGUGAUGAAAAAACAAUACGAGAAAAAUUAUUAAUCGAUCGAGGUUUUAGAAAUGAUAUGCAGACAUUACCCAUUGUGUGUUCACUUUGUAGUUGGACUGGAAUAUUGAAUAUCUAUCAAAAUCAUCUUGAUCAAAAUCAUCAAAAUCCGACGUGUGAUUCUUGUGGUCAAAAAUUUAAUUCAGUAAACGAUCUUGAUCGACAUAUACAAUACGAUUGUGAAAAAACCACUGUAGAUUGUCCAUUAAAACAAAUCGGAUGUCAAGAAAUGGUUUUACGUCUCCAUCUUGCGGAACAUUAUAUAAGUGAUCAACAUCAAAGAGUUUUAGUCAAUUUUGUUCGUCAAAUGGAUUCAAUCUUAUCAACAAAUAUGAACAAUAAUUCCCUGAUUAAUUCUAAUCAAAGAACACAUUUUGAUGUUAAUGAAUUAGAGAAAAUCUCAAAGACAACUAAUAUUUUGUUAGAUAACACUAAAACUUUAGCUGAUGAACUAGAACGUCUUAGUAUUGAGCGUAAUCGGAUCCAUAAUACACUGCAGUCUUUUAUUCAAGAAUCUUCCAUAUUGAAAAAAUCCAUUGAAGAACAAAACUCUUCUAUAGAUGGCAUCAAAUUUAAUGAACAGAUUAGUGAACAAGACUUAUUAUCAGUGGAACAAAAACUUAAUAAUAUGAAUUUAGACCCUUAUGAUGGAACUUAUCUAUGGAAAAUAACCAAUGUACAAGAAAAAAUAGGUUAG